UUGGUGAUCAUAUGUCAUUUGUUAUGACCGGUCAGAGGAUUGGUAGAUGACGGCAAAUCGAUGCAUUCUAUUGGUGACAUUUAUGUGUUUUACCCACCCAUAUAUAUAUAGAACUUAAAUAAUUCUAAGAGGUCAUCACACAUCUGGGAUCUUUGGAAAGCACGCUUGCUAGAAGCAGCCACUUCAACAACUCAAGAUGAACACGUUCGUGAUUUUAGCAAUUCUUGUUGCCGGUGCCUACUGUGACCUGAAUCAAGUAGCAGACUUGGACGGAACUCUUUCGGACUGCGAAUUCGUUGUUAGCCCCACAGACUGCUGUUCGUUUAGGCGUUAUGAUGCAAAUGUAACGGAGGAGGACUUCGGUAAGUGCCCUGGUGGCACCGCCUGGAUCCAGACUAUAUGCGGAUGCGAUUUUGUAGAUGUUGCAAUCUGUGAUUGUCCAAGUGAACCAUUUGAACCAAUCUUUGACAAAAUAUGUAACGAUCAAGCUGCUCUUGACGCAAGCGGUGGUUGUUGUCAAAACAAUAGAGUGUAUUACGCUGUUGAUGGUGCAAGCAGUAAUUUUACCUUUGGCGGUAACAUGGUACAAUGUCAUCCAGUAAUGACCUUUAACCUUGACAAGUGCGGCUGUGUUGGAGACGCCACCGCGGAGGAUGACGUGACUGAUACACCAUCAGGGCCACCAUAAGACGCCAUUAUGAUGUAACACAGCAAUAU